AUGCGACUCGCCAUGGAUGAAAAGCUACCCGUUCAUUAUGAUUCGGUCACACCCAAAAUAAGACGUGCGCAUGUUGACACACUUGAUGACCGCUCCCCUGGAGAUGCGGAACAUGACCUUCGGUGUUCUUUUCGCUUUUGCAAGAAGUGCCCACCAGUCCCUCUGGCCACAGCUCUUUCGCGUCUUCCACCUGAAUUGCGCUUGGAAGAAAAGCUGAACCGACGCAAAGAAGCGUUGAGCAGAAAGCAAAUGGCUGCAACAAGUGCACCCGAGGCUAUGCAUUAUGACCACGAGCAGCUUGAGCCGCCACCGGAGCUGUUCCAGGAUCAAGACGACGAGGGUGAGCAUGAUAUUCGUUUGUGGCUUGGACAGAAGCAAGCUGAUAUGAUUGUGUUUCCUCCAAAACCUGAGCGUGCGCACCAUUGUCGUACGUGCGGUACAUGUAUUUUGAAAUUUGAUCACCACUGUCCGUGGAUCAAUCAAUGUGUGGGACUCGGGAAUGAGCGUUAUUUCAUUCUAUUCAUGCUGUGGUUUUCUUUCGGUACAUUGAUAUUUUCUGUCGCUGGAUGGCGCAUUGCUUGGGAGGGCUUCACGCGACCGAAAGAGUGGUCCUCGUUUCUUGUACAUCGACUACUGUACCUCGCUAUAUACGCCAAGGCUGCGGUCAUGGGUAUGGUAGUAUUUAUUCUUGCCAUAUGGCAUCUCUAUUUGGCUGCUCGGAAUGAAACUUCGUUGGAGAAUCAAGACAAUACACAUUACGCCAAAAUGGCCAAGGAGCGAAAAGCUGUCUUUUGCAAUGUGUAUGACUUGGGAUGGGUGCGCAACUUACAGUUGUUUUUCAAUGUUGGCCCCGGUUUGGCACAUGAUUAUUGUUCGCUUUUCUUGCCCAUCCACAUCGAACCAUACUCGGAUGGCUGGCAUUGGGCCAAGCGAGCUGGCCUUGAAGGCCGUCAUGGGGGUAUCAUGAAUGAAGAAGAAUUCACGGAUGACGAAGGUGACACUUGA